GUGCUUUUUGAACAUAGUUUUGAUCGUUCAUAAUGGAGUUUGAACCUGAAAUAUCGCAUAAAUUAUUGUUUCUUGCACUUGAUGUGACGUUUUAGUUGUCCUUGAGGAUUUGUCGCGAUGUAUUUGAUUAGCUUGUUGUAGAGGUUAGAUUGUCAUGAUGGAGGGUGACAACAAACAGAUCCACGAGCUGAGAUUCAAUGCUGCUGUCAAAGUUAUCCAAAAUUUGCCUUCAAACGGUUCAUUUCAACCCUCCAAUGACAUGAUGCUGAAAUUUUAUAGCUACUACAAGCAAGCAACGCUAGGCCCCUGCAACAUUCCCCGUCCAGGAUUCUGGGACCCUGUUGGAAAAGCCAAAUGGGAUGCCUGGAAUUCUCUUGGUGAUAUGGCAAAAGAGGAGGCAAUGAAUGCCUAUGUGGAUGAUUUAAAACUGAUCCUGGAAAGUAUGCCUGUAACCAGUGAGGUGGAGGAGCUUCUGCAGGUUAUCGGGCCGUUCUAUGAGCUCGUGGAUGAGAGGAAGAUAACACAGGUGUCAGAUUUGAGCACAGGCUUUGGGAGCAUGCUCACCUCACCACCCAAAAGUGUCACAAAAAGCAUCAUCAGAACGAUGCAGAUGAACGGCGCUCUGGAUGCUUACCCUGUUAAAACGUCAGAGUCUCCACAAACUACAACCACAGAGCUGGAAGAGAAAACAGAAGAUAAUGAAGAGGAGGAAAAAGAUGAAGCAGUUGAAGAGGUGAUAAAAGCCCCACAAGUUAAGAAAAAGUCUUCAGCGGGUGGAGCUAAAGGAGCUCAAUCUAAUGGCAAUGCCCAGCAACACAAAGUCCUUGCUAAUGGAACACUCUGCUCCAAGUCUAACCUGAACAGACACGAGUCAGAGGAAGAAUCUGAAAGCAUUAACCACAAUGGAGAUAUCAUAGAAGUCAAUGGACAUGCCAAAGAUAUGACAGAAGAUGUUUCGAGUUCCCACCAUGUGGCCAGUGAUUCAGACAGUGAGGUGUACUGUGAUUCUGUGGACCAGUUUGGUGCAGAAGAGGGCUCUGAUAUCCAUCUAAACCGCUCGCAAGAUGCGGCUGAGGAGAGCCAUAGUACGUUGUCCUCCACAGAAGAGGUCGAAUCAAAGGAGAGACAGUCAGAAGAGGUUCAGGAAAGAGAGGAAGGUGUACAACACGGUGGAGAAGAUGGACAAAGGAGUGGAGGAGGUUCACAGAGACAGGGACUUCCUGCUAACAGAAGUGACAGUUCUGUGGUCAGGAGGGGAAGAGGGUCCAGGUCACCUGCCUUUGGCUCUGGGUCAGCUGGACCGCAGCAGGGCAGUGGGGGAGAUGGGGAACGCUGGGGAACAGAUGCACCUGGAAUGGAAAAUCUCAAUGAACAGAUUAUCUGUGCUCUGGCCAGACUGCAGGACGACAUGCAGAGCGUGUUAGAAAGGCUACACACACUUGAAGCAUUGACAGCCUCUCAGGCUCGAUCCUUAGCUCUGUCAUCAGACUUCCUGUCACCACCUGCAAAUAAAACUAAGAAGAAGUCAUCUUGGUGGCCAUUUGAUGUUUCUCCUGGAACUGUGGCCUUUGCUGUUAUCUGGCCGUUUGUGGCGCAGUGGCUCAUCCGGAUGUAUCUGCAGCGUAGAAGAAAAAAGUUCAAUUGAUAGGAAUCGAUUGCAUGCUGGAAACCUUUGAAGACUGGCAAGAAAAGAGCCAUCUUUCCACUUAAGAGGAGGACGUUUCCCGGCUCUCCAGUGAUCUCUAUAACUCCUGCUUUUGCACUAUAAUGACGGCUAUAAGAAUUAGCAAAAGGAAAGACGGAUUGAAUGUACGCCAUUACAGUUUUUUUUAUGGAACGUAAUUAGCUAGAUACCGAUAGUCAUAAAACCAUGAUUUGGGUAAUUAGCUUUAGGAUCAUAGUCUUCAUAGAAAAAUAGACUUUUCAUGUCCAUGUAUACAAUAUUCACGCAAACAUAGCUGCUAAGUGUCAUGAUGAAUACUGUAGUAAAGUGUAGUACACACUCAUAAUUAUAGCACAGUUCAUUUAUGUUUAGAGUAUUUCUCUAAUUCUUGACCGAUUCUUUAAAAAAGGCUGAUGAAUUGGUUGGGCUUUGAAUCAUAAUGGUUAGAUUCAGGACCCCCAAAUUUUUUUUUGAAGGUAUAAUGAAAGAGUAACAUUUUUAUUGUACGUGUUAAUAUCUAGAUUUGAUGUUUGCCCUAACUGGGCUAUGGUGCUAAUCAAAGCCAUAAUUAACAAUCUUGAUAAUGAAACUGACCCUAAGGGUCUAAAGGCGACAUAUAGAAUAACAUAAAUUUCAUUUACUCACGUUCACAUUAUGUAUGCUAGUAAAGAGCUGAUCUUCUCACAGUAAACCCCAAACAUAUUUGGAUACCUGCCACAUUUCAAAUACUGCAAAAUAUAAUUGCAGGAAAUAACAAAAUAUCAAAGCGAUAUUUAGACGCUUUCUGGUUAUCAAACGUAGUGUAAUACAUUUGUGGUUACUCUGCUAGGACACAUAUGUAAACUUGACUUAAUUUAACUUAGAAAAUUUAAUUUUUACCCUACCAUGGGACAGCAUUAUUUAAUAGUGGCAGUUCAUUUGAUAUUUUGUUAUGUGAUCCAACUAAUUAUUUUAUUUUGUUCUGUUUUCAUGUUGAAAUACUUUACUAAAGACCACUGUCAUUUGUUGAAAUCUGUUGAUAGAGAUGAACACAAUCAUAUUUCCUCAAAAUGGUUCAGUUAGUUGAAGGGUAUCACAAAAACUUUUAUACAUUUUAAGAAUAGGGUUGAGUUGUGAAGCACUGAAUUGAGAAGUCUGAAUGUGACGAUGGGUAUAAAUUAUUGAUAAUGGUUUACCAUAUUAAAUACUAAAAUAUUGAUCAUGUUGAGAGCAUGUUCUAUAAGAUUAAAAUCUUGUAAAUCAUUCACAUAGACUUUUUGUUGGUUUAACUGAGAAAGUAACAUUGUUUGUUUUGUUGUAAAUUGGUUUAUAUUGUUAAUUCAUUCAAUAACUGUAUAUUAGAAAUGUGAAAUAUAUAAAUGUAUAAAAUAUAUAACCAUGUUAUAUAUUUUAAUUGUACUAUACUGUAAUGUAGCAUUUGCAAAUAUAUUUAAAUAAUUUCUGUAUACUACCUUUUAGGUCAACUAUGGUAGCGAAUAUAUGAUUGAAAUGCCUUUGUUUUAACUGUGCACACUAUCUUUCUAAUAAAAUAUAAUUGAAGCUUUUGCUUAAAGUUUGGCAGAA